GGAGUUGUGGAAAGGGGAACAGUUAAAUUUGUAAUUUGGGUUGUGUGAAAACUUCUUUGGGCCUCAUAAACAACCACAGAACCACAAGUUGGGGAGGCUGGCAGUGUCAGGAGUCUAAGCUCGACACAGUGGUCAGCAGCAGGACGAAUCACACUGGCUGCAAACCACAGGGUUUCACAGAGUGGUGAGCAUCAUCAACCCGCAGCCAAGACACCGCUUUUUUUUUUUUUUUUUAAUCUUUAACAAUUUGAAUAUUUGUUUUCGCAAAGGUAAAAGAAAUCAUCGAAUCCCCAGCCUUCAGAAGAGGGUGCAUUUUUCAGGAGGAAGCGAUGGCUUCAGACAGCAUAUUUGAGUCAUUUCCUUCAUACCCACAGUGCUUCAUGAGAGAAUGUAUACACGGAAUGAAUCCAUCUAGAGAAACUCACGAUGCCAGCACGAGCCGCCGCUUCACGCCGCCUUCCACCGCGCUGAGCCCCGGCAAGAUGAGCGAGGCGCUGCCGCUGGGCGCCCCGGACGCCGGCGCCGCCCUGGCCGGCAAGCUGAGGAGUGGCGACCGCAGCAUGGUGGAGGUGCUGGCCGACCACGCGGGCGAACUGGUGCGCACCGACAGCCCCAACUUCCUCUGCUCGGUGCUACCCACGCACUGGCGCUGCAACAAGACCCUGCCCAUCGCUUUCAAGGUGGUGGCUCUGGGGGAUGUUCCAGAUGGUACUCUGGUCACCGUGAUGGCUGGCAAUGAUGAAAACUACUCAGCCGAACUGAGAAAUGCAACCGCAGCCAUGAAAAACCAAGUUGCACGAUUCAAUGACCUCAGGUUUGUCGGUCGGAGUGGAAGAGGAAAAAGCUUCACUCUGACGAUCACUGUCUUCACAAACCCCCCGCAAGUUGCCACUUACCACAGAGCCAUCAAAAUCACAGUGGAUGGACCCCGAGAACCUCGAAGACAUCGUCAGAAACUAGACGAUCAGACCAAGCCCGGGAGCUUGUCCUUUUCCGAGCGGCUCAGUGAGCUGGAGCAGCUGCGGCGCACGGCCAUGAGGGCCAGCCCACACCACCCAGCCCCCACACCCAACCCUCGGGCCGCCUUGAACCACUCCACAGCCUUUAACCCUCAGCCUCAGAGUCAGAUGCAGGACACGAGGCAGAUCCAGCCAUCCCCACCGUGGUCCUAUGAUCAGUCCUACCAGUAUCUGGGAUCGAUCGCCUCUCCCUCCGUGCACCCAGCAACGCCCAUCUCGCCUGGACGGGCCAGCGGCAUGACCACCCUCUCUGCAGAGCUUUCCAGUCGACUCUCAACAGCUCCGGACUUGACGGCCUUCGGCGACCCGCGCCAGUUCCCCGCGCUGCCCUCCAUCUCAGACCCUCGCAUGCACUACCCCGGCCCCUUCACCUACUCCCCGACGCCCGUCACGUCAGGCAUCGGCAUCGGCAUGUCGGCCAUGAGCUCCGCCACGCGCUACCACACGUACCUGCCGCCGCCCUACCCGGGCUCGUCGCAGGCGCAGGGCAGCCCCUUCCAGGCCAGCUCGCCUUCCUACCACCUCUACUACGGGGCGUCGGCCGGCUCCUACCAGUUCUCCAUGGUGGGCGGCGAGCGCUCGCCGCCGCGCAUCCUGCCACCCUGCACCAACGCGUCCACGGGCUCGGCGCUGCUCAACCCCAGCCUCCCGAACCAGAGCGACGUGGUGGAGGCCGAGGGCAGCCACAGCAACUCCCCCACCAACAUGGCGCCCGCCGCGCGCCUCGAGGAGGCCGUGUGGCGGCUGAGACUCUACCCCGCGGGGUAUGUGCACUCUGACCUGUGCAUCAGCAUGACAGCAAGAUUCACGGCACUGCUGCCCACGGCUACAAUGCAAACGUCUCCAAUGUCACUGUAA